AAGUGACGGCGCACGGCUGAACGUAAGGACUACCAAUCUCGAUCUUUCUAUUCUCAGGACUGAAAAAGGGGGCGGCUGGUUUACGUUUGUCUCGCAGCCCAGUCCUAGGCGUGCUUGGUUGGAAUCGAGCUCCCCCCAGUUCAGCCAGACGGCGCCACGAGUCGCUGUAACCUGUUAGAGCUUUCCGAGGAAGCAAAAGGCAGAGGCUUUUCUCGACUUCUGACUACGGGAAUUACAAAAAGUAGGCGCGUGUUAGGGAAUGGAAGAAGUUAUAGGCAUUCGGGAAAAAUUCCCCACAAAAGUUCCUGUAAUUGUUGAAAGAUAUCAGAGAGAAAGGUACCUUCCGCUGUUAGACAAAACAAAAUUUCUUGUACCUCAGGAGCUGACCAUGACACAGUUUAUAACCAUCAUUAGGGGCCGAAUGGGACUAAGUUCUACUCACGCUUUCUAUCUUCUAGUAAACAACAAAAGUUUAGCCAGCAUGUCUCUGACUCUAGCUGAAAUAUACCAGGAUUACAAAGAUGAAGAUGGAUUUGUAUACAUGACUUACGCUUCCCAGGAGAUGUUUGGAUACCACUUGGCCACUGGCAAAGGGAAAUGUAAUGAAUGUCUCCAAAAAACAUAAGUGUCCUUUGAGAGGCAGCUGUGGCUAGGCAGCUGAGCUGUGAAUCACAUAAGUUACUCGGUGAAAAGAAGCUCUGUUUUAAUAUGGGCGCAACUGAAGGAUUAAUAGCCCAGCGGCUGGCAAGGCCUAGCUAAAGAAGCAAGAGGUGGGAUGAAUCAUCCUAAACGAAGGACAUAGGCAUUUGUUUUGUAUUUAAAUGGAUGCCUGUGUGCCAAAAGAAAAUAUUUGGGGUAUGCUUCAGUGGGUUUUCUCUGUCUUUUAAAACUGCCCUUAAAUUAUGUAACUGUUUUUAAAAUUAUUAAUGCAACUGGAUACUGGUGAGAUGCAAAUAAAGGAAUUUCAAGAUUGGAUGAAAAAAUCAGUAUGAGACAUGCCACAAAACUGUCUUGCGAUAGAUACAGAAGAUCUGGUCAGCCUUCUGGUUACUGUAGCACACCCUGUCUGGAAACUAUAUUUUUAAGCACAGCAAAACACAGAGGCUGUGGUUGACUUUUAAUAUAUUUUCAGUCAGUUGCUGAUCUUCCUCUGGGAGGUAGACUCCCUCAACAUGGGUCUAGAGGAUUUUUGGUGGGGGACUCGGUGGCGAAUCCCGUGUGCAGCUGGGCUUUACACAGGAGGCCAAUCCUGUGCCAUGUGAUAAGCUUCACUAGAAAGCGUUAAUGCACUCUGGUCACCUCAUGGUGCCUAUAAAAUUAGCAGACAAGAUGAAGGUUAGGAAACCUAGAGAAACAGCUUCCUAAAUACAGGUGAAUCCAGAGUGUAAAUACUCACAUGGUAUCUUGCUGCAGUUUAAAUUGAGGGUUUCUGACCUUAGUGCUGAAUUAAACCAGUGAACCUUGUGGCACCAGCAUCAAGCUAUAGAUGGCUUUACUUCUGUGGUGCUGAGCUAACUUAAAAGGCCUCUGAGUUGGCAGAAAUAUGCAACUAAAGUCCAGGUCUCUAAAAUGUCAGAACCACAUGACUCACAGCCACAUCCAAAGGUGGGGGCAAAAGGUCUAGUGGGAGCUGCAUGCCCUCACACUAGCAUGUUUGCCCUCCCCAGGGCACUUUCCCCAACAGGGCAUCAGACGCGCUGGCGGCCGGCCACCCUACGCUCCCCUGCUUCAGAACCCAGAAGUUCGGGCUGCGGCUGGGCUGCGCUGGCAUCCUGCUCAGACACCAGUGUGGGAGGGAGUGGGCCAGGGUAUUCCUGGGGGCAGAGCUGACAUUAAUCAGCUCCCUACCAGGAUUGAGGGCCGGUAGUGUGCUGUACCAGCACUCGGAUAUACGCCUGAUUUUCAGUGGCAUAUGUCCAUUCAGUCCUAUGGGGCUUUUUCCUACUCUCCACACUGCCAAAAAGCCCUUCUGGAGGCAGUGGGGCAGUACUGCAAUGGCGCCACGGCCCAUCGGCUCCAGGUUUGGAUGGGGCUGUCAGAAUGUAUAUCACAGACUCUGAGAACAAUAAGCCUUUGUGGCUGAAGUUUUAUUUUUGAUAGGUGAUCCCUUCAUUGAAGUCUACCAUGACAUGACACCAUGACAUGACACAUAGCUUGAUUAACUAAAUCAGUCGUUCUGAAUACUAGGUCCAAAUUAAUAUAUCUGUGUAAACUAUACCAGCAGAGUGCAGUGGUUGGGCUGUCAGACUGUGAUCUGAGAGAUCCAUGAAAAAAAUUCCACUAUGCCAUGAAUCUCGCUGGGUGAAUUUAAGACCGCUAUUCUCUCUCAGCUUUACCUGCUUCAUAAGGUUGUAAGGAUAAAAUGGAGGAAUGGAGAAUUAUGUUGUAAACUUCUUAGGAUCUCCAUUAAGAGCGUGUAGAGUAUAAAUCUUUACAUAUAUAACCUUACUUUGAAAGUACUGAACUAGUAAGUUAGAUUCAAAUCCAGUAGUGCCUUAGAGAUCAACAAGAGUUUCAGAUUAUAGGCUUUUGAGAGUCAAAUGGAGAGCAGAAAUGGAGAUCUCCGGAGUCCCUUUAUCCAAGUCAGAAGGUGGAAAGGGGUGUCAAAAAGAAAGCUUAUAAAAGAUGCAAAGGUCUUAUCGAACUAGUAGGAUCUGUCUAGUUCUACUGAAAAAACUGUAAUGUAUCUGAGGCUCUUUUUUUGUAAAGUGAAUGUGAGGUUGACAAGUAUAAUGACAACUGGAGAUUUUUAUCUAUAACUUAUGCAUCUUAAAGCAGUUGUUCCUUCAUCUUUUUAUGUAUGAUCUGUCAUCUUUGCAUGUUAAGAAAUUGCUGUGCUAGCCUAUAAACUGACAGAUAUCCCUGCCCAAAAAAGAGAACUUUGGCAGAUGUGAUGAAGAGUCUAGUCUACAUGAUGAUUUUCCCUGCAGCUGGUGUUAUGCUUGUAUCAUAGGCAUUUAUUGACUGAACAUGUGUUGGCUUAGAAAAAUGCUUUUGAGUCAACCAAGUAAGUUUUAACUUUCAAAGAGCUUAAGUCAACACCUGCUGGGCAAGAAAACAAAGCAGGCAUAUGGCAACAGCCACAAGAAUUGGGGUAAAAGAUAAAGAUAGAAGCAAGCUGUAAUGAGGGAUACUCUAGAGCAGUUUGCACCCAAAGGAUUUGUCUUACUUGUAAGCAGCUAUGUUUCCCCUUUACAGUUUCUACAGGAGUCUCUUUUAAAGUUUAAGUUUAAGCUUUUUCUAAAUGAGUUUGAACUCUAAAUCUAGAGAAUUCAGACAAACUCUGAGAAAUGUGUUACUAUGGUAAAAAAAUGAACUGAAGAAUUAAAAGAAUGACAUGGCUAAA